GAACCGGAUGUGACUGUAUGUGUUAUUGUGGCUGGAAGGCGCCGAGCUCGAGCUGCAACGUGUGUCCGUGUUUUAGAGUCUUUGGAGCCGCACAGAUUCACCGUCUCACCGCCGGGACUCUGUGCUCGGUCCCCGGUAACGGCUGCUGCUGUUUGACGGUAACCGUUAACCGUUAGCUGUUAGUCGUUAGCUGUUAGCUGGGUGUCAUGGCGACUGGAAGCGGCGCGGCUACGGCUAAUGUCGGAGAUGUUGAAGAAGAUGCUUCACAGCUGCUGUUUCCUAAAGAGUUUGAGAACGCCGAGACCCUGCUGAACUCUGAGGUGCACAUGCUGCUGGAGCAUCGCAAGCAGCAGAACGAGAGCGCCGAGGACGAGCAGGAGCUGUCUGAAGUCUUCAUGAAGACGCUCAACUACACGGCUCGCUUCAGUCGCUUCAAGAACCGCGAGACCAUCACCGCCGUACGCAGUCUUCUCCUGCAGAAGAAGCUCCAUAAGUUUGAGUUGGCCAGUUUAGCAAAUCUGUGUCCUGAAGCUGCAGAAGAGGCCAAAGCCCUGAUCCCCAGUCUGGAGGGGAGGUUUGAAGACGAGGAGCUGCAGCAGAUCCUGGACGACAUCCAGACCAAGAGAAGUUUCCAGUACUGAGACCAGAAACCUGUCUGUCUGUCUCUCUGUCUGUCUGUCUGUCUGUCUGUCUGUCUGUGAUGAUGUCACUCAGGUGGUAAAAGAGUCACAAUAAACUUUAAUUUGUCUUUUUUUUUUUUAA